UGAGUGCUCUGCCUCUCAGAAAGUGAGGCCUGUCCCCCCACUCCCGUUUUCCAUCUUCCCAGGUACAGUGGUGGUAAAGUUUGUCAGUGUGCUUCCUCUAACCUCCUCUGCCCAUCUGAUUGGUUUUUUUUUUUUUUUAAAGUUGGUGAUUGAAAUGGAGGUUGGGCUGCUAAGCCUUUCACAACCAUUCUGAAUUUGUCUUAGGUCAAUAGUUUUAUGUGAGAGGCAUACUCCAGGGCAGAUUUGACUGGAGGGAAGAGAUGUGGAAGUAGCUGUAGGCUGGAAGACACUUGUUUAGUGAUGAGAGGUGUCUCUUUGUUUAUUAUUAAAGAAAUGAAAAGCGGGAUAAAGGUCUAGGAAAACUCAAUAAAACAUCAACUGAAAUGAAAAUGUCAGGAAAAUAAGAGUCUGUGAAUAGUAAGACACAUGAGAGAAUAUAAUAGAGUUGCAUUACUGUUUGCUUUUACCAGUGAAAGAAUUAGAUGCCUAAUUUUGAAUGUGAAUUGCCUGAUAAAGGAAGUUGUAGAUUGACAGAUGUGAUCUUUCUAUUGAAAAGAUUAAGCUCUUUAUUUUCUUUAAUUACAGAUUAUGUCUACUUUGAGAAUUCUUCCAGCAACCCAUACCUGAUCAGAAGGAUAGAAGAACUCAACAAGACUGCAAGCGGCAACGUGGAAGCAAAAGUAGUAUGCUUCUAUAGACGACGAGAUAUCUCCAACACGCUUAUAAUGCUUGCUGACAAGCAUGCUAAAGAAAUUGAGGAAGAAUCUGAAACAACAGUUGAGGCUGACUUGACUGAUAAACAGAAACAUCAGUUGAAACACAGGGAACUCUUUUUGUCACGCCAGUACGAAUCUCUGCCUGCAACACAUAUCAGGGGAAAAUGCAGUGUCGCCCUUCUAAAUGAGACGGAGUCAGUAUUAUCCUAUCUUGAUAAGGAGGAUACUUUUUUCUACUCAUUGGUCUAUGACCCCUCAGUGAAAACAUUAUUAGCUGACAAAGGUGAAAUCAGAGUGGGACCUAGAUAUCAAGCAGACAUUCCAGAAAUGCUCAUAGAAGGAGAAUCAGAUGACAGGGAGCAGUCAAAAUUGGAAGUUAAAGUUUGGGAUCCAAAUAGCCCACUUACGGAUCGGCAGAUUGACCAGUUUUUAGUUGUAGCACGUGCCGUGGGGACAUUUGCCCGAGCCCUUGAUUGCAGCAGUUCCGUGAGGCAGCCUAGUCUGCAUAUGAGUGCAGCCGCAGCUUCCCGGGACAUCACCCUGUUCCAUGCUAUGGAUACACUGUAUAGACACAGCUAUGAUCUGAGCAGUGCAAUUAGUGUCUUAGUACCACUUGGAGGUCCUGUUUUAUGCAGAGAUGAAAUGGAAGAAUGGUCAGCCUCUGAAGCUAGUUUAUUUGAAGAGGCACUGGAAAAAUAUGGCAAAGACUUCAACGAUAUACGUCAAGACUUUCUCCCUUGGAAAUCAUUGACUAGCAUCAUUGAAUAUUAUUACAUGUGGAAAACUACUGACAGAUAUGUGCAGCAGAAACGUCUAAAAGCAGCAGAAGCUGAGAGUAAACUGAAACAAGUCUACAUCCCAACUUACAGCAAACCAAAUCCCAACCAAAUAUCCACCAGCAAUGGCAAGCCUGGCACUGUGAACGGAGCUGUGGGGACCACAUUCCAGCCCCAGAAUCCCCUCUUAGGGCGAGCCUGUGAGAGCUGCUAUGCUACACAGUCUCACCAGUGGUAUUCUUGGGGUCCACCUAAUAUGCAGUGUCGAUUAUGUGCAACUUGUUGGCUAUACUGGAAAAAAUAUGGGGGCCUGAAAAUGCCCACCCAGUCAGAAGAAGAGAAGUUAUCUCCCAGCCCAACUACAGAGGAUCCCCGUGUUAGAAGUCAUAUGUCCCGCCAGGCCAUGCAGGGGAUGCCGGUCCGAAACACUGGGAGUCCAAAGUCUGCAGUGAAGACUCGCCAAGCUUUCUUCCUUCACACUACAUAUUUCACAAAAUUUGCUCGUCAGGUCUGCAAAAAUACCCUCCGGCUGCGGCAGGCAGCAAGACGACCGUUUGUUCCUAUUAAUUAUGCUGCCAUUAGGGCAGAAUAUGCAGACAGACAUGCCGAGCUAUCUGGAAGUCCACUGAAAAGCAAAAGCACUAGGAAGCCUUUGGCAUGUAUCAUUGGGUAUUUAGAGAUCCAUCCUGCGAAGAAACCUAAUGCAAUCCGAUCUACACCAAGCCUGCAAACCCCAACUACCAAGCGAAUGCUAACCACCCCGAAUCACAUGGCUCUGAGCAUUCUGGGGAAAAGAAACUACAGUCAUCACAAUGGCCUGGAUGCUUAUUCCUUCACAGCCAUGGACAAGAGAGUGAGAAAUUUAUCUCUGAAGGAAAAGUUUGACGUUGUCAAAAUGAUAACCGAAGAGAAGAAGACUGUCAAGGAAGCUGUAAUUAAGUUCAAGUGUGGCAAAACGCAAAUAUACUCAAUUAUGAAAGAAAAGGAUAAAAUAAUUGAAAAAUACAUGAGCAGCACCAAUGUAAACGUCAAAAAAGAAAGGGAUGGAAAUUAUGCAGAAAUCAACAAAUCUGUUUUUGAGUGGUUUCUUCAAGCCUCUGCCAAAAAUGUUCCCAUUUCAGGACGCAUCCUACAAGCAAAGGCGAAGGAAACAGCAAAACUUUUAAAAGUUGAUGGAUUCUCAGCGUCUAAUGGGUGGCUUCAGAGCUUCAAGAAAAACCAUGGAAUCACUUGCAAUGUAGCUUGUGGGGAGUCAAAUGAGGGUGACAAAGACAUUGUUCAAAACUGGUUCACAAAAUUAAAAGAGAUCAUAAGGGGAUAUGAUCCUAAAGACGUUGCAAAUGCCGAUGAGACUGCUCUGUUUUACAGGGCAAUGCCUAACCGGACCCUGAAGAUGAAGGGGGAGAAAUGCGCUCAGGGUCGGUUUUCGAAAGAGCGGCUUACCGUCCUCUUGACAACGUUUGCAGAUGGGACAUUUGAGAAACCAUGGGUAAUUGGAAAGAGCGAGAGACCACGUUGCUUCAAGAACAUCAAAAUUAAUCAGCUUUCAGUCGAAUGGAAAUGGAAUAAAAAAGCUUGGAUGACAGGAGCAAUUUAUGAAGAGUUUUUAAACAAACUCAACAACAGCAUGAAAACACAAAAUCGAAGCAUUCUUUUGUUUGUUGACAAUGCUAUUUGUCAUCGGUCACUGCCCCUGUCCAAUAUUAAAUUAGUUUUUUUCCCACCAUCCACGACAUCUGUCCUACAACCUCUGGAUAAUGGCAUUAUCCAAAAUAUUAAAGUAAACUACAGGAAACUAUUGCUUCAAAAAGUGGUUGCCAACAUCGAGAUGUGCAAGAUGGCAUCGGAGAUUUCAGGGAAAAUAGACGUCCUUGAUGCAAUUUCAUUUCUUAAGCGAUCAAUCAAAAUGAUUAAGGAAGAAACCAUAAGGAAAUGCUUUAAGAACUGCGGUUUCUUAUUUGGCAGUGGUGAUAGUAUACAGAACGAAACCGUCAUUGAGCCAGAUAACAUCAUGCAGAUUCAGGAUGCAAUAAAUGACAUUUACAGUGGUGUUUCAGAAAAUAGGGUCAGUGCUGCAUCCUACGUUGACAUCGACAAAGAAAUUGCUACAGAAAUGGACGAGAUAAACCUGCAGGAAAUUGUGGACUCGCAAUUUAAAGAUGAUGACGAUGAAGAUGAUGAAGACCUGCCGUUAGAAGAACCUGAGCCUUUAAGUCAAACGCAAGUUCUCAGCUAUGUAAAGGCUUUGAAGGAGUUUGGAAAAGCUAAAGGAGACCAAGAGUUUUUGGAUAAGGCUACGGACUUAGAAAUUUGUUUCAAUAAUUUCAUCAAAAAACCAAAACAAACUAAACAGUUGACAUUAGAUGUUUUUAUUAAAAAGUGACUUUCACCCAUAGCUUUGUUUGAAUAGUAUAUGCACAUACCUGUACAUAAUUUUAAUAAACAUACAAGUCAUAAAACAUGGUUUAGUUUCUUUUCCAGCUAUAAAUUCGGAAAGAAAUACUUUCUGGGUGUUUAUGAGGUAGGAUUCUUUAAAUAGAGAGUGAUAGAAA